AUGGGAAAUUCAUAAAAUGGAAAGGAAGAUAUGGAUUAUGAUUAAGUGUUAAAACACUUCAAUUUUAAUUAGGAUGUUAAUCAUUACCAAUUAGGAAAUGUUAAGAUUUUUGAGGCUAGUGAAAAUAAGAAUCAUAAAAUAUUUCAAUUUAAGCGAUUAUGCUAAUCAGAUUAGUAAUUGCAACAAUUGAAACAUCAUUUCUAAUAACGAAAACUAUUGAUAAAUGACCACCUAGUCAGAGUGUUUUAUGUAAUGGGGAAAGAAUCAGUCAUGUGUUCAGAUGCAAGUCAUGUUUUAGUAUUGGGAGAAUACUUCCCAAAUAGCUUAUUUUCAGAACUCGAAUACAAGUACGAUUGAUGUGAUGUUGAUAGUUUGAAUUAGAAGUUGAUUUUCAAUGAAUCUCGAUUGUGGUUCAUAAUUUAUUAAAUAAUCCAAUGUUGCGCAUAUUUAGAGGAAUAAGGCAAAUACCAUGGAGAUUUGACUAUUCAACACGUUUAUUUGGAUCUUGAUGGGUCUGUUAAACUGAUUGUAUUACAUUAAUAAUAAAAACAAGGAACAUGAUCUGAUUCCAGGAGGAAUGAACCCAUUUUAGAAGGCAUUAUAUAAUAAUGAGUUUCAUGCAUUUUCGCCUGAAUUGUUGGGCUUAUUGCAAUAAGGAGAUAAGGAGCACUAGUAUGGGAAGAUAGAUAAUGCUACUCUAAAUAAAACAGAUGUGUUUUGCUUAGGAUUGAUGAUUCUGGAAUUGGCUUCGCAAUUUCGUAUACUUAUUUAAAUGAUAAUUAGCAACCUAUCAAUAUUAUGAUUGGGAAACAAAGACUAUGAAUUGUUAACAAAUAACUAAUGCCAUUUAGUUUCUGCCCAACAGGGGAUAUUCUACAGUAUUGCAGAAUUUGUUGUUGCAGAUGUGUUAGGAGGAUUUAGGAGCGAGGCCUGGAUUUCAAGAGAUGAAGACUGGGCUAACAUCUUUGGAGAAUGACAUAUUAUCGCAUACAGCAUUUUAUAGAAGUCACAUUAAAUGA